UAAGGAAACCAGAAGCGCUUCCUUCUUCCGUCGCCGCCGCGGAGCCGGGGCUGCCCUUCUUCCGGUUUCCCUCGCGGAGGGGAGGGGCAGGCGGGGGAGUCCGGGCUCGUUUCCGCUGCCUGGAGUGAGGGCAUGAACAUAUUAGAUGGUGUCACCCUUCUGGUUAUAUUCCUUCAGAACCACUGGAUCCAGCCAAUUCAAGGAAAGAUACUUUUGCUAAAGAAGAACAUAAUACAAAAUGGCAGAAGCAGUUUUUCAUCCUCCAAAAAGGAAGAGAAGAAUUUAUGAACCAUAUGAUUCCCCAUUCCCUAUUUAUUUUUGUGAUGGAAGCAAUUAUGGGCGAGAUUUUAAAAUAUGCCAAGCUGAAAUUAUAAAUAAUAAUGUAAUUGUGAAGAAUCCAGAGGAUAUGGAACAACUGUAUAGCAAGGGAUUUUUUGGGAAAGGUAUUCUUUCAAGAAGUCGACCAGAGUACAGUAUUUCAGAUCCUGUGUUGGUUGCUAAAUGGCAAGAGUUCAAUUUUAAUAUGCCAGUAGUCUCAUCAAAAAAGUACCAGCGUCAUGUCGAAUGGGCAAAAAGCCUUAUGCAGGAGCAAGGACUAGAUGAUUGCACAAUUAAUGCAAUCCUUCUGGAUUUCACCAAACCCCUUAAUCUGAGAGAGGAAACUGAGCAGAGUUGUGAAUUUCAAAAUGAGGGGACCCUCAAAAUGGAGGCGGAUGGCAAUGAACCAGAAGACUUCGUGACUUCUUCAGAAACCAGUGGGGAGAAAGAACAUGGCUUGGAAAGUGACCCCCACUAUGAUCCACUAGUCAACAGCAACCCUUACAAAUCAGAUAUAACAAACUCAAAAACUGUGGCCAGGACUCAUUUGGCAGAACAACAUUCAUCGAGUGCACAUUACCAGUCUCAGCACGACAGCUGUAAUGAAGAGAACUCCCAUAUUUGGCUCAAUAAAGAUCAUGAUCAUGAAUAUGUAUUAAUACAAGAAGAGGAAUCAAAUGUGUAUCCAACUGAAGCAGCAACUGGAAAUGAGAAAUCACACUUAAACAAAAUAGAAAAGUUGGUCUGCAGAAGAAAUCCAUUUAAGAUUUUUGAAUAUUUGCAACUUAGUCUAGAGGAGGCUUUUUUCUUAGUCUAUGCACUGGGAUGUUUAAGUAUCCAUUACAAUGAGGUUCCUUUAUCUAUUGUGAAGCUAUGGGAAGUUUUCAGUGAUGCACAACCCAACUUUAAGGCUACAUAUAUGGCAUACCACUAUUUUCGGAGUAAAGGGUGGGUGCCAAAAGUUGGGCUGAAAUAUGGAACUGACCUCUUGUUGUAUCGAAAGGGUCCUCCGUUUUAUCAUGCCAGUUACUCUGUGAUUGUUGAAUUAGUUAAUGGUGACUUUGAAGGGCCGUUGCGCAGGCCUUUCAGCUGGAAGUCUUUGGCUGGGUUGAACAGAACUACAGCAAAUGUUUCCAAGGAACUCUUGUUCUGCUAUUUGAUCAAGCCAUCUGAUAUGACUGAAAAAGAAAUGUUAUCCCCUGAAUGCCUCAAAAGAAUUAAAGUUCAGGAAUUGAUCCUAAAUCGUUGGGUCUCAUCUUCUGAACGCAGUGAACAAGAGGAGCUAUGAUGAAAUGGACAGCAAACCGUUUUCUUGUAGAGCUGUCAGAGCAUGGUGCCUUUUUUUAUAAACUGUACUAUAAUAUUAAACAUUUUUUUAAAAAACCUGGA